AUGCCUGCCGUUGCAGACUGCACGGUAGUUUUCCCUCUGCGCCACGACCCAGCUUCCACACAUCCGGAUGUCAGUGGGCUUGUUGGAAAAGCGUUCGAGCGCGUGAACUGGAGGGACGCUUUCGACACAUUUCUCGCAGAGGAACGGAGCGCAUUGUGGGCCGCGAAGACUGCUUUCGACAACACAGACACCUCCGCAUAUAUAGCGGCCCGUGACGCACUGUUUCCACAAGCCGUCAGUGGUGUUCACGGGGCUGUCGCGUUUCGCAACCGUGCGGGCCACAAGCUUCAUGAGACUAUGGAAGCAGUCGGUUUGUGGGAAUACUUGAAAGGCGGGGCUACGAGGGCAAAGGGCACCUUUACGUUUGUGGAUGUCUGUGGAGGGCCCGGCGCGUUCUCUCAAGCACUUUUCGCCAUGGGGAAGGAACAUAAGCUGCGUCUGCGUGGCUUCGGUCUUACCUUGCGUAAUGUAAAGGGUCUCGAUUGGUAUACUGACCUCCCCUCACGCAGUUUUUUCCCCUGUUAUGGUAUUGAUGGCACAGGUGAUGUCUUCAAACUAGAGAAUAUUGAGAGUCUCUGUUCAUUGACGUGCAAAGAGAAUGUACGGCUUGUUGUUGCUGACGGUGGGUUUGACGUUCCCACCGAAGUCGUGAAUUUCCAGGAAACAAUCUCAUGUAGGAUUGUCUACGGGCAGUGGCUGAGCGCUGUGAAAUUGCUACGCCCAGGUGGGUGCUUCGUCCUGAAACUAUUCGACUGCUUCUCGCCCUUCACAAGAGCCAUCCUUUUUCUAACAACCCACCUGUACGAAAGUGUUCAGGUGGUGAAGCCGCGUCAUAGCCGCGUUGUGAACAGCGAGAGGUAUUUAGUGUGCAUUGGCUUUAUCGGUGCCCCGAAGCAGUGGUUGGAGCACUUCGAACGCUGCUACCAGGAGGGCUUCGUUGACAACGACAACAUUCCUACAGUUUUACCCACGUCUUUAUUUUCUGGGGAUAAAAUAUUUGGCGCCGAUGUGGAGCGUAUGAGUGCCACAAUUGCGUCUAAUCAGGUGAGCGGGUUGCAUGCCAUACUGGAGAAGCUGCAAUCCAAACCGGCAAUGGAGGAGGUCAAGUCAUAG